CAGAUGGUUAGGAGACGGGCAAUGCUGCUUGCUUGCGCAGUUCUGCUCAACCUCCAGGAUGCCGCGGACGGGUUUCGAGACAGUGCAGCAUCAAGACGAUGCCAUGUUGGCUUCGUCCUGCAUGCUCGUCAUCCCUGCGUGAUGAAGACACAUGUGCUACAUGGACUGGCCCCAUCGCAACUUCCCUCCUCCAGAGCAUGGAAGGGCAGUGCUGUACAACUUCUGCGCCGAAGUUUGUGUUGGAAGGGUGCAGUGCUGGAGGAGCGACACUUCACAGGGAACGUUUUCCCUUCCGUGACCCCGGCAUGCGAGGAAAAGGCGCAGCUGAGGAAGUUCCGGACGAGCUUGGGAGCGACGGACUCGAGCGACGAGGAAGGGACAUGGUUAGAUCCCGAGCUGAGCCUCGAGUCGUUGUCAAAGGACUGCAUCUACUGUCAGAAUGGGAGGAUUGAGUUCAUUCGCGCGACGUUUGGGAUGUACGACGACGUGGAGGCAGAAGUCAUCCAUGCUGAUCCGCUGUUUGCCGACCAACACUUGCGGAAUGCUGAGAGCAUCCGUGGGAAGAUCGUGGUGGUUCGGAGAGGCUCUUCCUCUGGUUCCUCCUCAACCUUUGUCGACAAGGCGAACAGGAUCGCAGCCGCUGGGGGUCUGGCGAUGGUUGUGGUCAACUCUGAAGACUCCCUGAUCGCACCAGGAGACAGCAAGCAUGAGGGGAUGAACCUUACGGUACCUGUCGUUGGGAUCAGAGCUUGCGACGAGAGGAUCCUGGUG